GGCUCCGUGACUUUGGAGUCUCCUUUGCCUUGCGUGACAAGUGGUGCCGAGCUGUGACAUCCCCACGGCAUGGUGGAGGGGUAGGACACGGUACUCCUGCAGGUAGAUGCCAGUUUGAAAUGGGUCUUAAAACCAUCUGGAAGGACUACAAAGUUCUGAUUGUUAUGGGAGUUGGCCUUGGGCUGGUGCACUGGGGCUGGUUUCAUAUCAAGUCCAGCCCUCUUUUCCAAGUGAAGACAGUGGAGGUUGUUCCAGAACCUGGGAUUGUGGCAUACGUGUUGCAAAACGAACGCAAAAAUAAAGAGAAGUAGCAUUAGAGCUAUGUACUGUGGGUAUGACUAGCUCUGAAGCUUUUCGUCUGUAUUUUGCCAGAAGAAGAGAUGAGAAAAGCUAACUGGAAUAGAAAGAACUUUCUGCUUGUGGUGGGACUGUCAGUUAUAGGUGUCCAUUUUGGAAGCAUGCUUGUAAACUUUGUUGCAAAAAAAUCUGCUCACUCACAUUCAGAAGCUAAAAAAGAUCGUCAUGAAUGAAGUAGUUUGCUGCUAUUGUGUAUCAAUUUCACAGUAGGAUUUUAAACCUCAUUUUAAGAGCUAGAUCCUGAGUAGUCACAUGGAAUGUUACUGUACUGUAUGCACUGUCUCACCUUUAAAAUGAUCCUUAGUUGCAAAGAAUCCAGAUGUUCUACUUUAAAUUUUAAAAGUGCUAUGAAUGAUAGAUCUGAGGAAAAAUGAGAUCUGUUUUGUUGGCUAGAAUUAAAAUCUUACUUUGAAAAUGUCUCGUCUUGAAGCUAAAAAGCCUUCGUUAUUUAUUACUGACCCUUUAACUAAAGAUGGAGUUAGUCAGUCACUGUCCCUGCUGAAUAGAAUAUUAAAAUCUUGCUAUGGUCCUGCUGGUCAGCUCAAACAGCUCCACAAUGGUAUGGGAGGCUAUGUUUGUACAACUUCACAAUCUUCAGCUAUACUCAGUCGUCUUCCUGUCAGUCAUCCUGUGUUAGGUGUUUUGAUGGCCUCUGUACAGAACCAUAUAUCCCGCUUCAGUGACUGUGGUUUAUUUACUGCCAUUCUCUGCUGUAGUUUGAUUGAAAACUUUAAAAGCCUAAACAUUGCAUCUUGCACUGUCAUUAAAAUAAGCAAGCAUCUUUUGAGUCUGUGUAUGGACUACCUCAAAUCUGAGACCUGUGGUUGCAGAGUGGCUGUUGAUUUUAGCAGUGUUGAGACUCUUCUGUGUUUGGUGCGUAGCGUAUUAAGAAGCAAACCUGCUUGCAUGCUUAAUAAAACAGAGGUUGAUCAUCUUGCCACACUGAUUUUAAAGGCUUUUCUAUUUACUGUUCCGUGUCAUGCUGAGAGUAAUGCUGUUUUAGGAAAGUGUGUAAUAGUACCCAUGAAAAGUAGAAGAGUUAUGGAUUCUGCAGUUCUUCCUGGGCUACUGAUAGAAGUGCCAGAAAUCCAAUUGGCAAAACCACUUACUGUCAAAAGAACUUGUUCAAACAUGAUCAAGAUAGCACUUUUCUGUCUGUCCAUGUCAGGAGACAGCUUCAGCCCUAAAGAAGGAACUAUAACUGUCCAUCAUGGAAUUUCUCUAGAAAUGUCAGAGCUGAAUCAGUUGCUUAACGUAGGAAAGCAGCUGGUUAAUGAUGAGGUUGGCCUUGUAGUGUGCCAGAAAGUUAUCCAUCCAUCCUUGAAGCAGUACCUGAAAGAGAACGGUGUCAUCGCUGUGGACAGAGCUGGGCUGUCUCUCAUGGAACCCCUGAGUCGGAUGACAGGUUCAAAGCCAAUAGCUUCCAUACAUGACUUGUCUCCUGGUUGUUAUGGCAGUCUGAAAGACGUGUGUGUUGAGAGUUUUGCUUCCAAAAACUUUGUGCAUCUAAUUCCUAAUGACACAGUUGUUUGCAGCUUGGUACUCUGUAACAGAAAUGAAACAACAUGGGAUGAAUUGAAGCGUGCUUGUGAAACUGCAGAACAUGUGUUGCAGUUAACACUGAAGGAACCUUUGGCAUUACUAGGAGGUGGCUGUACAGAAACUCACCUGGCUUCUUAUAUAAGAUAUAAGAGCUGCAGUCUGUCCACCAGCAGUUUUGAAGAUAUAGGUUGUUCUCAAACACAAUACCAAUUGGUUGCUGAUGGGUUUUGCCGUUCCCUGGAGUCUGUAGCUCGCUCUCUGAAUCAUGAUGAGGGAGAAAUUCUUACAGACAUGGUUUAUGGACACUGUUGGUUUGUUCCACCAGGUUUUCCACCUGCCUCUAGUUGGUCAGACUUAGUUUCAAAAUGCGGCUGUGGGGUUAAUGGUAAUGGUGAGAAUCUCAAAUGGAGGCUUUUGCAGGGCCAGUUUGGCUCUGUUGUUACACAGGACUGCCCUAAAGAGCCCCUAGUAAAGGCUGCUGACUUUCUGACAUUGGACUGUUAUGCUGCAAAGUGUAGUGGCCUGCAAGUAGCUCUGGAGACAGCCAAUCUAAUUUCGGAUCUCUUGUACGUCAUCAAAGAUCAAAAUUAGCUCUGAUCUUAUGUGAACCGUAUUGCACAGCAAGAUACUUAAAUGAAAGCAGGUAAUAUAUGAUAAGUUAACAUACUUUAAAUGGUUAGAGUGAACAACAGACAUAAAAUGUAAAUCAGUUGGACAUUAAGUACUUUUCUGAUUGCUCAUCUACCAUGCUCAAGCAUUUUCAAGUGUUAAACAUUUUGUUAGGAGCUGUUAAAUGAUUAGCCAAAUGUACAAUGAAUCAUAGUAACAUGACUUACAAGCAUUCAAAUUAGCGUGUCCAAAAGAGUGAAUGACACUUUGAUAUUCUUUCUGCAUUAAGCAGAGUUUUGGAUAUUUGUUAGAUCUGUGGCAUCUUCAAAGGAAUGGGCAAAAUGGAUUGACUUGCUGAAUCCAUUUUCACUUGCUGAGAAAACGUAUGUUAAGGAUUAGAAUUUAUGUAGUCUCAGCAAAAGCUCUACUCAUUCCAGCUUGUAUUGCAGCAGAACUUUAUCACUGGUGUGUUUAAUUUUGUAGGUAAAAGAAGGCUUUCCUUGGCAAAUAUCUUAAGCCACUUGUUUUCAAGUUUUCUGCAAGUUCUUGCCACCAUGUACUAUAUGCAGUUUCUGUUUCAAAAUGGCGGGGAGAUUUGAAUUAAUAUAUCUAAUUUAUUUAGUGAGCUAUAAGAGCUCAACAUGGAGAUCUUAAGGUAGCAGGUAGGUAAUAGGUUUGAAAAGAAAUGACAGGCUAUGUGGAAAAAAACUUGUCAAGUGGACCGUGAUUAUCUUCUAUGGAUUGCAGGGCAGUCUAUAAAUAAUGAUGUUUCUACCAUUUAAGCAGAGCUGCAAGAAUGUCCCACUUACCAUUCAAUUAACUCUUUGACUGGGCAUAGCCUCUUUUCUUAUAAUGAAGUAAGGCUUUAAGCUGCUCACACUUUUUUUGAUCUUUAAAUAAGGCUGUAGACUGAAUGAUCAAAACUUUUUCUCAUUCUCGGCUUGCAUGCGAGAUCAAAAGGGGUGUUACAGUUUCUUGCUGAAACUCAUUUUCUUUGCCCCUUCUUCCUCUUUGUUUUCAGUCACAAGGGACAAAUUUCUGAUGCCAUGCUACUCCAGAAAACAUCCGAGUUAGUUACAGACUAGACUACUUAUUUGUUUCCUGGUCUCGUAAGUCUUUAAUAUAUUUACUGAGUAUAAGCAGUAGAAUUAUUUUGUGUAACUCAGUUUUGAAAUAUGUAAUUAAAACAAGAUCUUUCCAGAC